AAACAAAAGUAAACGAAUACAUGUGCUUCCAAAGUAUUCGCCAAAUGCACUCAAGCUUUCGGUAGAUGUAAACGUAUACAGCUCCCAUUGCAACUCAGUAAGAACAUUUAUUAUAGCGCCUGGGUGAGUCCGCUGAAUGAACAUAAAGUUACUUCACAUGCACAAAUUCACUAGUCUUUCUAAACUGUCCAGGGCGUACGGUUGCGGGCUGUGUGUGAUUCGCAGGUUUGCCAGUCACAAACAUCGGAAGCGUGGAUUAUAGUUCAGCAUGCCUCUGAGAACAACGGUAAUUGGUAGUUACCCUAAGUCAUCCAACUGCACUAUUCCGAACUGGUUUAGCAACCAGGCCGAUUAUAACCCAGAAGAAUUCAACAAGUUUGUGAAGGGUUUACCACCAGAAGAUUAUGAAGUGUUGGUAGACAAGGCAGUUAAAGAAACUUUGAAUGAACAAACGUCGUUGGGCAUCGACGUUGUGACUGAUGGCGAGAUUCGACGAGACAAUUACAUCAAUCAUCUUUGUCGGCAUUUAAAAGGCUUUGACUUCACGAAUCUAACCAAGAAAUCAUGUCGCAAUGGGGCCUGGGUCGCAGAAGUACCCACCAUUCGAGAGAAACUGGGAGUGCCCGAAGAUAUUAGCUGGAUUGGAAAUGAAUGGAAAUCAGCACAACUAAACUGUGACAAGCCUGUCAAAGCCACCGUACCUGGCCCAAUGACAAUCAUUGGAUCAACAGCUAAUGCUUUUUACGAUGACGUGAAAGAGCUCAGUUCUGACCUGGUGAAAGUUGUCAAUGCACACAUCAAGAACCUAGUACAAGCAGGAUGCCGUCACAUCCAGCUUGAUGAGCCGGUCAUGGUGAGAACCCCGGACAUCGCGCUAGACUACGGUAUUGAUCAUGCGUCACAAUGCUUCGAUGAUAUCGGGGGAGACGUCGUGAAAACCGUCCAUCUUUGCUGUGGAUAUCCACUUUACCUGGAUCAAACUGAUUAUCCAAAGGCUGAUAAAGAUGCCUACUUUCUGAUUGCCGAUAAAUUAGACCAGGCUGGUUUUGAUGAGGUUUCUCUGGAAGACGCACACCGUCGAAACGACCUGUCCUUAUUCGAUCACUUCAAAAAGAGCAAAAUCGUCCUUGGGUCUGUCGCCAUCGCACGAAGUCGUGUUGAAAGUGUUGAAGAAAUCCGAUCACGGCUACGAGAUGUUUUAAAGCAUCUCCCCUCUGCGGAUCAUCUAAUUGUGGCACCAGACUGUGGUUUGGGUUUCUUACCCAAGGAUAUUCUGCGAGCAAAGCUUACCAACAUGGUGGAAGCAGCAUCGACAAUGCCCUAAUCAUCCUGCUACUCUAUUUGUUUUCAUGAAAGUGAUUGUAGGUUACGAAAGACUGGUGACCCUUUCCAGGGAGGGAGGUAAAUCAACAGCAAUGUGUUUUGCAGGUAUCAUUUCCGGCAAGAAAUAACCACCAGUCCAUGGUUAAAUCAUGAGUAAAAUAAGAACAGCUUUAAUAUUUGACAAUUGUACAAAUUAUAAAAAUAGAUAUUUUGUAUUGCUCAUAUCAUGCAUCUAGGAACAGACUUGCAAUUCAUGUUUUCAGUGUGCAGAAGAAGAAGAAGUGAUGCAUCGGUUUCGUAACGAAAACCUUUGUGAUGCGCAUUUCUACUCAAAAAAGGUAUUAAAAAAAUCACUCUUCAACGAUCGCAAUCUCAUUUCAUCAGGACUGGUCACUCAUCUUACUCUGAGAGGAGUGUGACCAAGGACCAGGGGCCGGUUUCAUGAAGAGUUACAACGGCCGUAACUUUGCCAUUAUGGCAACUGCCAUGGCAACAGGGCUCAGCAGCCAAUGAAAAUCAAGGUUCCCGUGGUAGUGGUGAUAAUGGCAAAGUUACAAUAGUUGUAGUUCUUUGUGAAACGGGCCCCAGAUUGGCUCCUUUGCGUUUAGAGAGAAGACUUUGUACACGCGACUAGGGUGGAGGCCAAUGAAACGGCCGACAGAAUGUGACAUCGACUACAUCCCUGUAGGAAAGUAUUGUUCAUUGCUUUUAUGCAAACUGGUAAAUCUAACUGGAAUGAAACACUAAAAUAGAUAAAGGAAUAUUCUCACGUAUCUGUAAAGUUUAUUUACACAUUUCAAUUUUAAAUUUUUGUGAGUAGAAAAAUGAAGUUUCAAUGAUUAUCAGAUGUUCAUGAUCAAAAUUCUGUUCUUUCAGUUUGAAAGAAAGCAAGAUCAUUUCGUGUAAUGAAUAGGAGAGAUAUACUAUUUUCAUCGGAUGUGUAAUACAUUGUACAUGACAAAUUAAAAGGAUGUCACUUCAACAUUUAUUUAUUCAGCAUGAAUAAGAUAAAUGUGUUGCAUCACGAUAUAUGACGAAAAGUAUAGUGCAGUUCUUCUUUCAGUUAUAUCAACUAGAAAAAAAAAGAUUUACUGUAUUCAAUAAGAUGCCCUAUGGAGGAAUAAAUACUGUCAAAUGAUGUAACACACUGAA